AUGGCUCCCAACGGCAAUCCGAAGGCGAGGAACGGUGCCGGUGUCGCCCAUGGAAGGCCCAACGCUGCAAGGCGUGUGAUUCCCGUCAUUCCCCUCCCCAUGGACCGUCGCGUCAAGGCCAAUGCUGCUGCAAAGCAGGCCGCCGCUGCUGCCCAAGCCGCCACUAUUGCGACCAUUCCUCGACCCGCCAUCACGAACGGCUCUUCCUUGAAAAUUCAGCACGACGUCGACUCCGCCCCCAGCACGCCCAAGACCAUCGAUAUCGAGAUUGCCGCACACGAAAACGACAAGGGACAGCCCGUUGCUGCUACCAAUGGUGCUGAGGAGACGCCUUCGCCUGCCGACCCGGAGGUCGAUGACACAAAGGAUCGCGAAGCUACCGAUUCCCAGGAGUCUUCUGCCGCCAUCCCGACCCCGUCCACGACCGAAGAGUCCGAAUCGACCGACAAGACCGCCGACCAAGACCUCCCCCGCUCUGCUGAAGAGCCUGUUCGAGGUAUGCCCGCUCUUGGCACUUGCAACUCUGGUCGCCACUACUCACACACCGCAGGUAAUAAUCACGUCGCCUCUCCGCCCGCGGUGGCCCAAUUUGGUAAGAAGGGUAGGGACCUUCAAUCUCGCGAUAUCCUCACGCCGCGAAGGUCUAAUCACCAUGCUCCAGACAAUACGCACCAGCAGCAUCCAUCGACAUUCCGACCCCCUCCCGUCAUCCCUCCGACGCGUUACAACAUGCCGCCUAAUCCUCACAAUGGCUCGCGCCCUUCUCCCGUCGUCAUCAACGGUACCUCUCACCGGGGCCCCCGAUCAGUUCACAACGGUCCUCCACACAUGCAUGGCCCGCGUCCCAGCAAUGGAAGCCUUCAGUUUGGAGGUUUCGCGUCCAACUCGUCUUCUCCGGCCCCCCCUCACUCUGGAGGCUUCAUGCCCCCUCCUGGCAUGCCUCUCCCCGACGGACGAUCCUUCAGCGGUGCUGCCAACGGUUUCCACCGCCAGAUGCCCUACGGUACGGAAUUUGUUCCCGGCACCGGUGUAGAUGGAUUCGGCCGACCUGUUCCAGGCUAUGGAGGCAUGGAGCAGUACCCUCCUCAUCUCAACGGUGGCUACGGACCUUCGACUCCUCAUAGUUUCCAGGGGUCGCACUCUUCGGCCCAUGCGGAUGAUACUGGUGCCUACAACCACUACCCCGCGCCAGGCGUCCCCAACGGUACGACACAUGUCGAUGACGCUCGCCCUCACCCUCCUGCGGCCGGAGCUUUCGGUGCACCGCCCCAGCGAAUGAUGCCUGGGCCUAUCCCACCCCCGCAUAUGAUGCACCCCGGCCACGAGCACCAGGGACUGGACGACAUGGCCGCCUAUCUGCGAUCGCAGUUUAGAGACCCUGCCUUUGCCGACUGCACCCUGGAGCUUCGCUAUCUCGACGACCGCGCUCCUCCCGUUCGCCUACCAGGUCACCGCCUGGUUCUUGCCAGAAGCCAAGCCGUUCGCAAUGUUCUAGAGGCUGAUAACGUCGAAUCCAGCUCGCCCGGCGCUAACCGCACCAUUCUUCUGCAGUCCGAUGAUAAGUACCUCCGAUCUGAUGCCUUCUGGAUGGCCGUGCAGCACCUGUACGCCUUUCCGCUAUUGGACAUGCCUGAGCCAGCCUCGAAUGGCAAUUUUACCAUGGCUGGCAACGCCGAUGACCGCUUCGACUUUGCCCUUGGCUAUGCUGCCGCCGGUCAUAUCCUGGCGUGGCAGCCUAUUGUUUUCCGUGGCCUGGAGAUAGCGUCUCAUUCCCUUAGCUGGUCGACGAUUGAGCGCGCUCUUGGCUUCGCCCUCGGCGAUUUGCCUAGUCGCGCUUCAGCUGACAGACACAGCCAGUUCAUUUAUGGCGAACCUGUUCACGUUUUGAUGAACGGCAUCAUCUCAUUCAUCAUCAACAACUUCCCACCCGAUUUCACCCUGGACACGUCUGUCGCCGAUCCUGAGCGCUUUGCCCGACUUCCUAUUGCUUCCACAUCGAUACCACCCCGCGAAGGAACACCCACGAUUGCUCGCGGAACGGCGGGCCAAGAUCGUCGCCCUCGCCCCAUGCACAUCCAGUUCGGUGACCUCGCUUUGGGCCCUGACAACACAUCAAACGGCUCGGAUUCGACCUCGCAAUCCUCUCAGCACAAUAGCAUCCGGUCGACGCUCUCAGCCAUUCUUAUCAACCUCCCGUUUGCGUACUUGAAGCCAGCCCUCGAGUCCAGUGGCUAUGGUAAUGUCAAUGGAUGGGCGAACGUCGAGGCUCGGCAUCACAUCAUGCGGGCCGUCGUUUCUGAGCGGGAGAAUAGACGCUCGAGAGUGAUUGAGGCGGUCAGAUCUGGAGCGGUUCCGCAUGCCGAGUCCAUCUUGUAUAGCCUGCAGAGUGCCGAUCCUCGUCAGAAUGAGGAGUGGCAUGCCCUUGGCUGGCGCGAGGAUGUGGUCUCGUACGUUAACGGCGACGCGCCGUCUCUCGGCCGGCAGUGGGUUCCGUUGAUGGCGCCGCAGCAGCAAAACGGCACCGGACAUGUGGAGGUUACCAGCCGAGCGGCCUACCCUUGA